GAGAGGGAGGGAAGAAGAGGCCAAAAGAGAGAGAGAGAGCUACAGAAGGCGACACGCUGCUCGGAGCGCUCACACGAGGAGCGACCACGGCCUCGCUUAAACCUUCAAGUGACUCCCAAAGUCUGGAUUCUUCUACAUCUUGGAUUGCCGAGGACAUUUUCAAAGUUUUUGUGGCGGUACCAAAAACGGGGGGGCCAUCUCUCACCUUCUCCUGGGACUGGAAGAGAGCAGUUCGGGGACGGCUGUUUGAUUCUGUAUCAAUGAACUUGGGAGUUUUAAACGUGUGAGGGCGACUGGGAGUAAAGUGUAGGAGGGGACGACGGAGGCGACCCCCCCCCUGCCCCCCUAGUUGCUCAGGCUGAGAGCUGAUCUGACUUAUGGAUGUCAAAGCGUUCCUCAAGAGCUCCUGAGGAAUAAACAAACAGCAGCGGGAGGAAGCGUGCAUCAUACCCUGGUCCAGAAGGUGGUGGUUUUGGGUUGGAGGGGGCCCUCUCCUGCUCUUGUUCCCUCUCCCUGCCGCUCAGCUCAGCAUGCCCCAGCCCCUGAGCACCUCCACGGCUCCUCCAGCUCCACUACCAUGUGUAGAUGGACAGUGACACACGGUGCACCGGUCGCCUGGUUCUCCUCCCACCCCCGCCACCGGCGCUACGCAACCCCGACGCACCUACUGCCCCUCGCAUUCCUUCUCCUGCUCCUCCUGCUCGGAGCGUCCUCGUCCUCGCCCCUGACCUCUCCUCCAUCAGCGAGUUUUAACCAGAGCCACCAUGCCGGAGGAGGGAACCCGCCUCGGGAAGCUCCGGCGUCCUUCAGUUCACCACCGCCGCCCCUUCACGCCUCCUCUGCCAGGUUGCCGCGGGAUACCGACCUGUCCUCAUCCUCGGCCGCCGCGGCGGGCCGCCACGUGCGCAGCAGCUACAACCACCUGCAGGGAGACGUGCGGCGGCGGAAACUCUUCUCCUACCAGAAGUUCUUUCUCCGCAUCGACAAGAAGGGGAAAGUCAACGGCACCAAAAGUGAGGACGAUCCGUACAGUAUUCUGGAGAUCAAGUCGGUGGACGUGGGCGUGGUGGCCAUCAGGGGCCUCAGCAGUAACUACUACCUGGCCAUCAGCAAGAAGGGGGAGCUGUACGGGGCGAGGGACUUUGGCCCCGACUGUCGCCUGAUCGAGCGCAUCGAGGAGAACAAGUACAACACGUACGCCUCGGCUGAGUGGCGCAACAAGCGGAAGCACAUGUUUGUGGGACUCAACGCCAACGGCAAGGCCGUCAGGGGGAAGAAGACCAGGCGAAAAAACACAACCACUCACUUCCUGCCCAUGGUGGUGCAUCCACGAUGAUGGGACAUGGCGUUCUGCAGCAUCGGGUGACAUUGCUGGUGCGAAGGAUGCGCUGAGGACGGUGGACACCAUGAAGACGUUCCGCAUCUGUCAGACGAGGACAAUUCUAUUCGGGGAGAAAGAUACUGCAUGUUGCUGUACAUGUAUAUAAUAUUUCUGCUCUAAGUUAUAGAAGUGGGUCGCCACAUAAGAAAAAUCAUAAAUGUGAUCAGCAGCGUAUGGAAAGGCGGAGAAGAUGGAAACCAAACACAUCGUCAAACACUAUGAUGGGUUUUCUUUCAAUUUAUUUAUUUUGGGUGAUAUUUAACAGAAUGUGCUAAAAAGGCAAUUGUCUUUUUUACCCUUUUAUCCUUCUCUUUCUUUUUUUAAUACUAUCUCAUUUUAAACAUGAAUAAAUAU